GCAUAAAUAGAUUACGGAAAGUAUUCAGUCUGAUAUACAUAUAAUAAUAGUUUGUCUUUUUUCAGAGAGAAAAAUUUCAGUAUUUUUGAAUCAUUCUACAAUCGAACUUGAUCUGUAGCACGAAAAACUUCAAUUCUUCUAACCACUAAAUUUGUCUAACAGUCCAUGGAGAGUCGUAGUGCAAUGAUUCAACAACGCAGGCCAUCAGUUAGACUUUAUACUGAAUUUUCGCAGAAUUAUCCUUCUACACGUAUACGUAAUCUGUCAGUUCAAAUCGAUGCCAGUUCACAUGCAAUACGAUCAGUUACAGAUUCUGAAACAUGUUUUCAAUCUACAGCUAUGCAGACUGUGAAUCCAACUCCACAUGCCAGUGUACAAGUGGAUCUUUUAACACGAUCACAAUCAGAAGUAACUCAAACAGAACCAGAAAUGGCAGUGGAAAUAUUGAAUCGGCCAACUUUAGUAGAUGCCUCAGUGGAAUCUGUUGAACAACGUGGAAAUCGUGAACAACCUACUGACGCUUUUAAUACACUUCGCGUCUAUCUAUUAAAUCAAUUGCCAAUCAGUGUUUUAUCCGAUGAGUCAAGCAUGAAAAAACUAAGCGAUUGUUCAAUAUGCAUGGAAAAUUAUCAUAUCGGUGAUCGUGUCAUGGGAUUGCCAUGUUUUCAUAUGUUUCAUCAUAGAUGUUUGUGCGCAUGGAUUGAAAAGAAUUUACAGUGUCCAGUGUGUCGAAUGCCAAUCUAUGAAGUGGACUAAAAUGGGAAGACUGGAGCUUCCAUAACAAUAUAUUGAUUGCUACUGAUAUCUUUCAAGACAAAAAUAGAGAAUUCCAGAAUAUUCGACGAAGAGUACCAGAGAUGUUUCUUUCUUUUUCUGUCUUUUUUAAAUGUGUCAUUGCAAAGAACAAACAAUUUUGAAUAUAUUUCACAAAUUUCAAAUUCACUACUAUCCAUUUAUGUAUGUGUGUGUGUGCGUGU